AUGAACAAAAAUGAAACACCGUGGAAGCUGUCGAUGCUGGAGAUGCUUAACAAGCACAAGAGCGUCGAGUUGAUGCCGUCGGAGAAAAAUCCGGCCAACUGCGACUUGGAGGCGAGUGUCAUGGAAUUGCCGCUGAACAGAAAUCCGGUCCUGUGGGUCGCUGCACCGCCAACACCGUUAGUGAAGACGCUAGGUUAUGGCACCGGUGUGCAAGUUUAUGUCGUGAAGCGCAAUCUAACCACCGAGGAACGCUCACCGUGGGCGAUCAAGAUGCUCAGUGCACGGGAUCCGAGUAAUAGAGCCAUGUUUGACAAGCGUCUGUCGCAGGAAGCAGUUAUAGUGGAAAAUCUCAAACAUCCUAACAUAGUAGGUUUCAGAGGCACAAUACAAUACAAUACAAUAGGUGUUGGCCGUAGUUUUCUCGCACUAGAGUACUGCAACUCAUCGCUCGGGGACAUUCUGGAAAAACGAUACGAAAAGAACGCGGGUCCGUUGGAGGCCGACAAGGCCAAAAGAAUGGCCAUCGAUGUGCUAAGUGGGCUAGUGUACCUCCAUGAAGACGCACACAUCCUCCGCGGGGACUUGAAGUCCUUUAAUGGACGACGCUGUGGUAGAGCCAUGUUUGACAAGCGUCUGUCGCAGGAAGCAGUUAUAGUGGAAAAUCUCAAACAUCCUAACAUAGUAGGUUUCAGAGGCACAAUACAAUACAAUACAAUAGGUGUUGGCCGUAGUUUUCUCGCACUAGAGUACUGCAACUCAUCGCUCGGGGACAUUCUGGAAAAACGAUACGUAAAGAACGCGGGUCCGUUGGAGGCCGACAAGGCCAAAAGAAUGGCCAUCGAUGUGCUAAGUGGGCUAGUGUACCUCCAUGAAGACGCACACAUUCUCCACGGUGACUUGAAGUCCUUUAAUGUGCUGAUUAACCAGAAUUUUGAAAAUGCCAAGAUUUGCGACUUCGACGUAAGCGUUCCGUUAAACAACAAAGGCUACCUGGACCGCGUAAAGGCUCCGAACGCACGCUACAUAGGGACGACGCUGUGGCUACCUGGACCGCGUAAAGGCUCCGAACGCACGCUACAUAGGGACGACCCCGCGCUUAUUAGUGUAAAGGCGGAUAUUUUCGUCUUUGGAUUGACAAUUUAUGAAACGCUAGCACUGACACCGCCACAAACCUUUGCGGGCAUUAUGGAUGAGGUAAUUACACACCCUGCAAGUGUUGCCAAACGUCGGUUGGACAUGUCCGCCGAUGGUGAAGCUGACGAAGCAGAGUGGCGCAGUGGAAGCGUGCUGGGCCCGUAA